AUGUGUAACGGGGGGGGCGGGGGGUUUUCCUCCCGCCUUUUGGGGCUGUUCAAGGCAUUCUUGCCAACAAGCAGCCACCCCGCAGCAACUCAGCGAACCCCCUACGGCCUCAACCGCUACGUGCUGCUUCUGGUGUACGCGCUGUUUAUUGCUUUUACUUUUAGUGAUUUCUUUGGCUGGGGGCCUCUGGGAUCGAUGAUGGUGCGUUCGGGAGUUUUUGCCUGGCGUUGCAGCGAGGAACAGCAGCAGCAGCAGCAGCAGAAGCUGCUGGAGGAUCCGGAUGUGGAUUUAGCUACAAUUAUGUGUACGGAGCAGCGGGAGGCUUUUCAGUGCUUGUUUGCAUGCUCUUAUGCCGGCCAUUUCGUGGCCUUUGCCCUUGCAGGUCUUCUUGUUGACGUCGCUGGCCCCAAGGUCACCGCUCUGUUAGGUGCUGCUAUGCGAUUUGCUGGUUGGAUGCUGCUUGGGUUCGCUUCUCCUUGUUUUCGAGUGUAUGUACCGGCUCUUUUCUUUGUCGGCGGAGGCACAGGCAUGACAUAUAUAUCACUCUUAGGUAUCGCCAGUCUUUUCCCCUCUGCAGAGGGGUUCUGCUUGAUGUUGCUGGGGGCUGCUGCAGCACUCAGCUUCGCAGGACCCUCCCUGCUCGAUAGUCUACAUACUGCAGGCAGCAGCCUCUCUCUUGUCUUCUUCUUCUAUGCUGGGUCUGUCCUCAUAGCCGAUCUUCUUGUUGUGGGGCUGCUCGUCCCUUUGGAAGGAUUCAUUGGCACUGACCUCUUUGUCCUCAUCCGCUCCAUCAACUCUAAUGCAAUUGCUCCUGCACCCAUCCAGCAGCAGCAGCAGGAUCAACAGCAGCAGCGGGAACAGCAGCGGCAACGAGAACAGCAGCUACAGCUGCAGGAAUCAGCGGGCCGUCUCACCCUUCAAAACUCCACCUUGCAGCAGCAAACACAAGCGCAACCCUCUCGCGUCCCCUUGCAGCUGCAGCAGCAACUGUCCCGCCUGGCACAACAACAGCAGCGAAAGCUGUCGCAACAGGGGUCGCUGCAUCAGCAACAGCAGCUGUUGCAACAGCAAUCACAGCAGCAGCAACAGUCCCAGCUGGCGCUGCAGCUGGUGCAACCGCAGUCUCGCCUGGCGCUGCUGCAACAGCAGAGGCAGCAGCAGCAGCAACAGCAGCAGCAACAGCAGCAACAGCAGCAGCAGUCCCAGCUGGCUCAGCAGCUGCAGCAGCUACAGCAGAUGCAGCAGCUCCAGCAGCAACAGUCCCACCAAGCACUGCAACCGCAACUGUCGCAUUUGACUCUGCAGCAGAAGCAGCAGGUGCUGCAGCUGUUGCAAGAACAGCAGUCCCGGCAAUCCAUGCAACAGCAGCAAUGUGGGCAACCCCUGCAGCAGCAACAGUCGGAACCGUAUCUUAAGCAGCAGCAAUUGCAGCGUUCGCUGCAACAGCAGCAGUCACAGCCUUUCCUGCAGCAGCAGCAGUCGCAGAUAUCCUUACAGCAACAGAAGUCGCAGCAUUCGCUACAGCAUCAAAACUCGCAGAUUUCGCUGCAGCAGCAACAGUCGCAUCCCUCUCUGCAGCAACAGCAGUCGCAGCCCUCGCUGCAGCAGCAGCGGCGGUCUCAACUAAGUGCCAAGCAGCUGCAUCAGCAGAGCAUGCCGGGGUCCCUUGCUCUACAGGGAACAACCUCGAGCCUUGAGGGUUGCUUUCGCGAUGUAGGGGAGGAGAGAGGCGGCAUAAGCACGGGCGGACUUUGUGCCUGUUGUGUACAUGAUGAUGGCGAUGAAUCUGUCGGGCUUGUUGAGUUUAGUGUUUGGUUGGGUGGGGGGGUCUGCUCUUUCAACAUUGUCGAGCGUCGCUUCUCCGGGGACCCCCGCCCCGCCAUGCUGGUGCAUGCAGGCGUUCUUGCUGCUGCAUUUUUGCUGUUACUUCCCAUGGCUCGCUCUGCUCUGACUAAAAGAGCUGAGAUCGACUCGUGUGUCUUCGAGAUACACUCCAAGUCCACCGCCGCCUACAGCCCAGCAGCAGACGGGAGAACUUCCGCCCUUUCUGGCAGCAGCGGCCCCUCCAGGAGGCUAACAGAAACUGCUGCUGCCUAA